AUGGCUGCGAAGCACUUCAUCAAUGACCCUACACUCCUGGUGAACUCGGCACUGGAGAGCCUUACCCUGACGAAUCCGUCCGUAGCACUCGACAGCAAGAACAAGAUAAUAUAUCGCCGACCCUCGCCCUCGGCCAAGCACCAAGUGAGCAUCAUCAGUGGCGGCGGCUCUGGCCACGAACCCAGCUUCGGCGCCUUCGUGGGCAAUGGCUUGCUAUCAGCUGCUGUCGCGGGGUCCAUCUUCGCUUCCCCGAGCGCGGAGCAGGUGCGCGCCGCAAUCACCUCGAGAGUCGACACGGAGCGCGGAGUGCUGGUGACUGUCAUGAACUACACUGGUGAUAUACUCAACUUCGGCAUGGCGGUGGAGAAGGCCAAGGCGGCAGGCGUGGCUGCAGAGAUGGUCGUGGUCGGCGACGAUGUUGGUGUCGGUAGGGCCAAGGGCGGCAAAGUCGGCAGGCGAGGCAUUGCCGGCACAGUCCUAGUGCACAAGAUAGCUGGAGCACUGGCAGCCCAGGGUGCGAGCUUGGAGCAGGUACAGAAAGUGGCCAAGUUGACCGCUGAAAAUCUUGUCAGCGUCGGGGCCAGCCUGGAUCAUGUUCAUGUACCUGGUAGACAGGUCUCGUCGAAGCAGCAUCUCGACGACGGCGAGGUGGAGAUUGGCAUGGGCAUUCACAACGAGGCUGGCUCCGAGCAGGCAAAGCUUGAUCUGCCGCAACUGGUCAAGAAGAUGCUCGCCCAGCUGCUUGACCAGAACGACAAAGACCGGGCCUUCGUCAAUGUCAACUCAAACGAGGUGGUCUUGCUUGUCAACAAUCUCGGGGGUGUUAGUGUGCUCGAGCUGGGUGGCAUCACAACCGAGGUCGUGAAGCAGCUGGGAAGUGGUUGGGGCAUUUCUCCGGUCCGAAUCCUGAGCGGCACCUAUAUGACCAGUCUGAACGGCCUUGGCUUCAGCAUCUCACUUCUGAACGUUGUCAACACCGACAUCGGGGGCCCAAGCAUGAUACAGCUGUUGGACUACCCCUGCGAAGCCACUGGCUGGGCGGCCCCGAUUGUCAAAGAGACCUGGGAGACUCAUAACACCGCAACUCGGGACGAUGCACCACAAGACGAGUCGACAGAGAUGAAGAAGAGCGACCUCACAACGGAUGCAGAGAGUUUCGCUGCCAGUCUCACAUCGGGCCUCAAGGCAGUCAUUGCAGCGGAGCCAGAGGUUACCAGAUACGACACGGUCGUUGGUGAUGGAGACUGCGGAAUCGGCCUCAAGCGUGGUGCUGAUGCUGUUCUCCGCCAUAUUCAGAAGAACACGCCAACCAGCGAUGUGGUUGCCGAAGUGGAGAAGAUUGUCACGGUGGUAGAGGACUCGAUGGACGGCACAUCGGGGGCGCUGUUCGCCAUCCUUCUGAACGCGCUGGUGCAUUCCCUCCGCUCAGCUAACCCAGGCGAGGCCACUGCGCAGACAUGGGCUACUGCACUCAAGCACAGCUGCGAAGCGUUGUCGAAAUAUACUCCCGCCCGCCCAGGAGAUCGCACCCUGGUCGACAGCCUGUACCCGUUUGUCGAAUCACUCGAGAAGACGGGGGAUCUUGUAAACGCGGCGGACGCUGCGAAGCAAGGCGCUUUGAAGACGAAAGGCAUGCACGCAGUUCUCGGCCGAGCUGUAUAUGUGGGUGAAUCACGCUAUGACGAAGUCCCAGAUCCUGGGGCCUGGGGACUGGCGGCUUUCUUUCUUGGACUAGCCGGGCUGCAACUGAAUGAGGACGAUGGGUGGGAGGCUAUCUAA